CUCAUUCAUGUAAAAAAUAGAUUCUUUCGGAUGAAAGUAUCUGAUUUUGUUCAAUGAUGCUGUUGAACCUUAUCCCCUACACCAUUUCACCUCAAUAUGAUACUGUGGUUGCCUACAAGAAUAAACAACCGAGAAAAUUAAUCUAUUUAAUUAUUACGAUAACAUGUUUUGUCAGUUACUGAGAAUUCACAAUCUCCGUAGAAAAUGAACUAUUUAUAUAUCACUAUCAAUACUUUUAUGUUCUCGUGUUUGUUCCACAUUUCUGUCAAUACUAAUUGCACAACCUUAAAACAAGUUCACCUGAUAUUCAGGCAUGGCGAAAGAAGCCCUUCGAUGGUUUUUCCAAGUGAUCCAUAUAAAUCAUUUUGGUCAGAUGGUUUGGGAUACCUCACCAAUAGAGGAAAGUUGCAAAUGCACAAUUUGGGUCAACGAAUGAAACAUAAGUAUUCCUGCUACUUGUCGGAUCAUUUCGCACCUGAUGAAGUGAAGGUUUUGAGUAGCUAUUCCGACAGAUGCCUGAUGAGUGCCCAACUAUUCAAUAGUGGAUUUUUCAUUCCCAAGAAUGAGCAGAUUUGGAAUCCUGAACUACUUUGGCAGCCAAUUCCGAUCAGUUACAAGCCCAGAAAUGAAGACAAUUUGAUAGCCGCGAAACAAAAAUGUGAAAAAUAUGACGAUUCGUAUGCGAAGUUAUUUACUUCGGCCAAAUAUAAAAAAAUAUUAGAAGAAAACGCCGAACUGUUUGAAUAUCUAACAGAACACACAGGCAUCAACGUUGACACGAUAAGAAAGGUAGAAGAGCUCUAUAAUACAUUAGAAAUUGAAGAAUUACACAAUUUCACUUUGCCGGGAUGGACUGAGAAAGUUUUCCCUGCCAAAAUGAAACACCUUGCUGUCCUUUCGCUUGCCUCUUUCACAGAAACAGACUUUAUGAAGAAAAUGAAAGGAGGUCCUUUUUUGAAGAAAAUUCUAGAGGAUAUGGAGAUAGCAUCAACUAAUGCAAAUUUUACGAAAUUGUUUCUAUAUUCUGGUCAUGAUAUAACUUUAGUCAACAUUUUACGCACACUUGGCUUUACUGACAUACUCAAACCUAACUUUGCAGCAUAUUUUAUAGUGGAACUUCAUCAUACUCCCUCCCCUGAAGUGAAGAUAUACUAUAAUGACUGUGGUUGGUGCAAAGAAAGAGAACUGAAAUUGAAAAAUUUCGAACACUCUUGUACAUUAAAAGACUUCAAGGAACAAUUCGAAUCAUUAAUCCCUGAAAAUUGGCAGAAAGAUUGUAAAUGGUGAAGAAUAAAGGCAUUUUUUUGAAAAUAUUUUAUUGAAUAAUUAUCACUUACAAGGUUUAUAGUACAGCUGCUCUCACAUAAUGAAAAAUGUUAGUUCAAAUAAACACUGUACAAAUAAUUUCAUAUACAUUUAUAUGUAUCUUAUUUACAUUAUUACAAAAAGGCCUCUAAACAUGCUGAAGAACAAUAAUUGUUCAAUUAUGAUAUGUAGAUAUUGUCUUAAUUAAAAAAUAUAAUUGUGUAAAAUUAUUA